AUGAGAAUUGACCAUCUUGCAACGGAGCUUCUGCUCCACGUAUUUCACUCCUGUGAUUCAAUAUCCGACGUUUUGAACCUAUCUGCCAGCUGCCGUCGACUUCAUCGCGUUCUCGACUCGACAAGUAAGCUCCAGAUUCUCGUCAAUGCCGCGGAGAAUGAGUUCGGUCCCCUAGACGACAUAGUCCAAGUGGUGACGCAGAAUGAAAGCCAGCCAGCCCAUCAUAUCCGCCAUGCGCCAAUGUCAGCUUCUCUCCUUAAACAAGUGAUUAAGCUGGGAAUGGUGGCGAAGAAAUGGGAGACCAUAUUUCCCUUCAAGAAGUGGAAGUUGGACUAUGAAAAUCGGCGCUCACUCACCACCGACGAGCAAUUGCGGCUUCGCCGUUCAGUAUAUCGAUUAUGGCUUUACCACCAUGCCUUUCAUUCCUGCUCUUACGACCGGCAUUCUCGCAGUCUUCGCCAUGUGGUAUUGGAGCGGGCCCAGCUCCUCCACAACUGGUCUACUGAAGAAUUGGCAGAAAUCGAAGACCUGCGUCUCGUCAUGAAAGACAUUGUUCAAAACCACAUCUGUCCAAGUAAUGGUACCAUCCAACGCAAAUUCCGCAAGCGUUUCCCCAACAGCAAUCAACAGCUCUCAUUCAAUAUUCACCUCAACUAUCCUCCACAAUUACCUCAAUCUCUAUCCUACGAUAACACCUUAUCAGACAAGGGCCCAGGCAGUUCCAUCCAACAGCAUUUCCACACAGCACACCCCGGCAAUUUCACUGGGUCUUCGGCGAAAUAUCGGUCUCGUUUCCGUAACGAUCUUUCCCAUGACCCUGGUUACGAGGGUUGGGGGGACGAGAUUCCGAAUUAUUACGUUUUGCAGGAUAUGCUGAAGCUUGAUCCUGGUCAGAUUUUGUGGCUGCGGGAUAAUGCAUUGUUGAAAGAGCAGGUGGAGGGGUAUGUAUGGUCGCUUGGGGAAUGGUUUCGUGACAAUGGGGAGACGUUUGCCGAUACGUUGGAGUUUGUCAUGAAUGAACGGGGCUUGGAUGUUAGCGAAGUGCGAUCUGCCGUGGCUGAUCGUGAAAUGGGAAUUGUGCUUAAUUGCAUAUCUUAG